GAUUGACGACGGGUACGAACUUCUUUGAUGGUAGUAUAGUACAACACGACUUUUGAGUCAUGACAAUAAGGUCACUAGUCCCUCUUCAUCGAAGUUUCUCCAUUGAAGUUUCUCAAUGAAGACGUGAAAUUUACAACAGGUGACAAUGACUUAAACCGAUCCACAAGGACCUUAAUGUAUGGGAGAGCAGCCACAUUUUCCCUCACAACUUAGACCUAUUAUUCUUCCAUAAUUUUCUUUAUAUGUAGUUUCUCCAUUGAAGAGUUUCAGCCAUGUUCAAUAUGAUGAAACCAUGGCUCUGGCUUUCUCUUCUUAACCUCUUCUUCUCAUUACACUUAUAUCCUUCUCUUGCAGCUUUGACAACAAUCUCAACAAACCAAUCUCUCUUUGGUGACCAUACUCUUAUCUCUAAAGGAGGAAUCUUUGAAUUGGGUUUCUUCAAACCAGGUAAUUCCUCUAACUACUACAUAGGCAUAUGGUAUAAAAACAUCCCUUUAAAAACAAUUGUUUGGGUUGCCAACAGAGACAAUCCUGUCUCUGACAAAAACACUGCCACCUUAAAAAUCUCAGCUGGUAAUUUAGUUCUAUUAGACCAAUCUUCAAAACAAGUUUGGUCAACAAACAUGAGUUUUCCUAAGUCAGAUUCUGUUUCAGCUAUUCUCUUAGAUACUGGAAAUCUUGUUUUGAGAAAUAGGCCUAAUGAUGAUGAUGCAUUAGAUCCUCUAUGGCAGAGUUUUGAUUAUCAAACAGAUACGUUUCUUCCGGGUGGAAAAAUUAAGCUGGACAAGAUAACAAAGAAGUCUCAGUUUCUGACUUCAUGGAAGAAUAGGGAAGAUCCUUCAACGGGUCUUUUCUCUUUGGAACUUGACCCUGAAGAAACAGAUUCAUAUCUUAUUGUUUGGAAUAAAUCUAAAGAGUAUUGGACAAGUGGAACUUGGAAUGGAAAUAUUUUUAGUCUUGUUCCAGAGAUGAGAUUAAAUUACAUCUACAAUUUUUCAUUCGUGUCGAACGAGAAUGAGAGCUAUUUCACUUACUCAUUGUAUUCCGAUUCAAUUAUAUCUCGGCUUGUGAUGGAUAUCUCGGGCCAGAUCAAGCAAUAUACGUGGAUGGAAAGUUUGAAUCAGUGGAACCUGUUUUGGUCGAAGCCAAGACAACAAUGUGCGGUUUAUUCUUUGUGCGGUGCAUUUGGGAUCUGCACUGAAAACUCUAAGCCGUAUUGUACUUGUUUGAGAGGUUUUGAGCCCAAGUCAGUGUCUGAUUGGAAUAUGGAGGAUCACUCAAGUGGGUGUAUCAGAAGAACAAGUUUGCAAUGCAAGGGUUCCUAUCCCUCUUAUAGGGAUAAUUACGCGUUCCUUGCAAUGACCAACAUGGCAUUACCUAAACAUGCACAAUCUGUGGGGUUAGGGAAUGCAGAAGAAUGUGAAUUUACUUGCUUGAGAAACUGCUCCUGCACUGCUUAUACAUAUGAUAGUAAUGGGUGUUCAAUUUGGUUUGGAGAACUCAUGAAUCUACAACAAUUGACUUCUGAUGAUAGUAGUGGACAAACUUUAUUUAUCAAACUUGCAGCAUCAGAAUUUCAUGAUGCUAGUGAAAACAGAUAUCGAGGGAGGGUGACUAUUGGUGCUGCUGUGGGUGCGGUUGUUGGCAUAGGGAUACUCUUAUCCCUUCUAUUGUUUUUCAUACUUAGGCGAAGAAAGAGAAUGCUUGCUAAUGGAAAUCUUUUGGACGGUUUUAUGGUGGAAUUUGAGUACAAGGAUUUGCAAAAUGCCACGAAGAACUUCUCGGAGAAAUUGGGAGGAGAAGGAGGUUUUGGUUCGGUUUUCAAAGGAACUUUAGCUGAUUCAAGUGUGGUAGCAGUAAAGAAGCUAGAGGGUGUUAGCAAAGGAGAGAAGAAGUUCAGAACAAAAGUGAGUAUAAUAGGUACAAUGCAGCAUGUUAAUCUUGUCUGGCUUCGUGGAUUCUGUUCGGAAAGUACAACCAAAAGGUUCCUGGUUUAUGAUUACAUGCCAAAUCUUUCCUUGGAUUUCAAGUUAUUUGGAAACAACAAUUCUGAGGUGUUGGGAUGGAAAAUGAGAUACCAAAUAGCUCUUGGAAUUGCAAGGGGACUAAUUUACCUACAUGAGAAAUGCGAAAAAUGUAUCAUACACGGAGAUAUAAAGCCGGAAAACAUUCUCCUUGACGCUGAUUUUUGUCCAAAACUUUCCGACUUCGGCCUAUCUAAGCUAAUCGGACGGGAUUUCAGCAGAAUCCUUACAACCAUGAGAGGAACAAGAGGUUAUCUAGCCCCAGAAUUGUUAUCUAGAACUGCUAUCACUGCCAAAGUCGAUGUUUACAGCUACGGAAUGAUGCUUUUUGAGGUUGUAUCAGGUAGGAGGAACUCCGAUCUAUCUCAAGAUGGCGAAGUUAUUUUCUUUCCUACCUUGGCUGCAAAAGUAGUUAACGAAGGUGGCAGUGUGAUCACUCUUUUGGACCCUAGGUUGGAGGGAAAUGCUGAGAUUGAAGAGGUUACUCAAAUGAUAAUAGUUGCUUCUUGGUGUGUUCAAGAAAAUGAAACUCAGAGGCCAACGAUGCGUCAGGUACUUCAAAUUCUUGAGGGGAUCUUGGAUGUGAAUGUGCCACCAAUUCCAAGAUUCAAUCAAGUGUUUGUAGAUAACUAAAAGCAAUAUGUGGUAGUUAGCUUUAAGUCUUUACAGAAAAUUAAAAUGGAUUGUUGUGUCUGUUGUUAUUUGUUACUCUUGAUUUUAUAGUAAUAUAUGGUUUGAAUAAUGGUAUUUCCUUUCCAAGAUGGUAUUACAUUCAUUCAAAAAUUGUUAAAAUUUUAUUUCACAUAGCUGUUUUUGUCACUCAAUCAAGCCAUUUCUUGAAACCCUUCACAAUGGUUAAAGACUGCAUUCCAUUAUGCGCGUCUCUGGUGAAAUAGGAAGUGUGAUACAAAUGAAGUGAAAUACGAAUUUCUCAUAUGUAUGACACGACAAGGUAAGAUUUGAAUUUAGAAUGGUCACCUUUAACACCAAAAUAAGGCUCUAAGAAAGCUACAUGAGGAAUUCUAGCAUCAUAAAGAAUAAGGGUAAUUACUCUUGUGCAAAAAUCACUAGGAUUCUCAUCGACAUAUGGAACCAUAUGCAAUAAGCAAAUCAUAGUCUCUUACCAUGAUCUAAAGAUGAAUAUUGCAAAGCAUCAUCUGGUCGUACUACCUACACGCAGUCAUUUUAUUGAUCAUGUAGACCACGCUACACCAAAAGUCAACUC